CUUUCACAGCUAAAAACUCAAGCACUUUCAUCUCUUUAUAGAACCCAUCUUCCAUAGCUUCUUGCUCAUACAAUUUUCCAAUGGCCUUCCGCUUUAUUCUCCUGUCUGCUGGACUUCUCGCUUUGGCUUUCACUGCUGCAUUGGCAUCUGAUAGUAGUCCUCUCCAAGAUUUCUGCGUCGCAGAUGCAAGCAGUCAAGUGGUCGUCAAUGGUUUGGCAUGUAAGGAUCCUAAGACGGUUCAAGCCAAUGAUUUUUCCGCCAGUGGACUUCAUAUGGCUGGCAAUACAUCAAAUCCAGUCGGUUCAAAGGUUACCCCAUUGACAGCUGCUCAAAUACCAGGACUCAACACUCUUGGCAUUUCACUUGCUCGUAUUGACUAUGCACCAUGGGGCAUCAACCCUCCUCACACCCAUCCUCGUGCCUCUGAGAUCUUGUUGGUCUUGGAAGGUAGUCUGGAAGUUGGGUUCGUCACCUCUAAUCCAGAAAACCGCCAGAUCACAAAAGUGCUACAAAAGGGUGAUGUGUUUGUAUUCCCAGUUGGCCUCAUCCAUUACCAAAGAAAUGUUGGCAAUGGAAAUGCCAUCGCCAUUGCCGCUCUCAGCAGUCAAAACCCUGGUGUUAUCACUAUUGCUAAUGCUGUGUUUGGGUCGAAACCGGAUAUUGCGAGCGACAUUUUAGUGAAGGCUUUCCAGGUGCAUAAGAAUGUCAUCGCCAAUGUCCAGUCCAAGUUCUAGACAAGCCGUGCUCGAUCAUUGCUGCAUUUGCCGAUUGUAUUAGCUAGUGCAUGUAUGCAUAUAUUUGUGUGUUUCAUGGCGUCAUAGGCAGUUUGUGUGAAAUGUUAUUUUGCCAUUCAAUUAAUUGUACGUUUCUCGUUAAAUCAACAAUAAUUCUUUAA